AUGAGGGAGUACAAGCUGAAGACAGUAAUUCCAACAGAGUCAGAGGCAAAGGGGCUUCAUUAUGAUGGGGAUGUGUAUUUCUCAACAAACAACCAUCUAUUCAAGGCUUCUAAAGGGAGAUACACUAAGAUAUGCGAUGUUGGGGGAACUAUUACGGACUUCAGUAUAUGCGAGAAACUCUUCAUAGUCACAGAAGAAAGAAUGUAUAUGAACAACGAAAAUAAAAUGGUAGGGUCCCUCAGAAAAAGAUUCUCCUGCCUAUCAGUCAGCAAGGAUCUGAUAGCCGCAGGAUGCUCAAACAUCCUAGAGAUAUGGCAUGUUCCCAAGGAAUUUAAGCUCCCGUUGUUUGAUCUGCAUUCAAGGAACCUUGGACACUUUUUGGAUAUCACAAGUGUUAAGUUCAUAGAUGAUAGCACGGUAAUAACAACAAGCAGGGACUGUACUGUCCGCCUGUUAGACAUUAAGGCCAAUAGAUCGCUUCGAAUAUGCACUACAAUGAGCGUUCCGAUGGCUGCAUACUCCACAGAUGAAGAGAAAAAGGAAUUGGUUGUUGUGUGUGAGGAUGGGACUCUACUAUACUACGCAAUAGAGGGCGAGAAUAUUUCCUCAAAAGGAAUUGUUUAUUUGAACUCAAAAGUCUUGGCCACUAGCUAUAGCCAGGGUUUUUUAGCCAUUUCACUCGAUAGAGAAUCUGAAGGGAAUCUGCUUAUUUACAGCGGGCAGGAGAUAGUCCAUUGUGCCACUGUGGAACACAAGAUUCUAGACAUGCGUCUGCACGGAGACACUAUUGCUAUAAAGGGCCCUGGAUUUGUUGGCAUAUACAACUUGGCCAUCAACCUGUUUGAAUUUGAGUUGGAGCUUCCUCGAAUAAUAUCCAUGGACAUAAAGAAAGAGAUGAUAGCUGUUGGAUGUGCAGACAAGAAGGUGAGGAUAUACGAUAAACAAAGAUGCAUUCACACAUUUUCAGAUUCAAACAUUGCACAUGCUAUUUUCAAUGUGCAUAUUCUCCAGAAUUCUGUUUUGUGCCUGUGCCUAGACGGAAGAGUAUCUAUCUGGGAUAUGAAGAAUGGUGUCUGCUAUAGAUCAUUCCAGAUUCCAGUGAAGAUGUCGGCCUCAGAGAUCAGCGACGAUAACCUUUUGUUGUUUAUUGCAGACUUCAAUAACUAUUCCAUAAGAGUUGUUGAUCUUCAGAGAGGAAAGGAGAUUGAUGCUCUGAAAGGCCAUGAUGGCCCUGUAUUCAAAAUGAAAUGGGAUGGCGACUCUCUGUACACACUUUCUUAUGAUAAUACAAUUAGAAGAUGGAAUGUCUAUUCCCAGACUGUCGAGGAAUUGCAGAUCAGGAAGAUGGCCACAGGCUUUUCUGUGAGGAACCGUAAGCUCUGUGUAUCUACAGUGAAUGAGCUAACUAUUUAUGACUCUGACUUCAAUUACGAAAGGGAAAUCAAAGUGUCCCUAAAGGCCAGAAAAAGAAAUGAAGCCUUCAUCAGCGAAAAGCCCGUAGAGAGUCUCGACUUCACAUUUGACAACAGGUUUAUAAUUUCUGGAGGAGAGGCGAACACAAUAAAGAUAAUAUCAGCAGAUUCGGGUGACGUUGUGCAGAAAGUGCGUGUCUCCGAUAACAGGGAGUGGGAAAACUAUAAGGAGGUUCUUGGAAGGGAGUCUUGCAAACCUUUUGACAAGACAAGGAUUAUUGAAGCCCUAAAGAUAGUUCACAGCAGUAGUCAAAGGGAGUUCUACGUUCUCACAAGAGAAGGCGUGAGCAUAUACGAGCCUUCAUUCAUCAAGUUUAUGCCUCUUCAUCUGGAUGUGUCCUUAACCCCAGAGUCUAUCAGAAAGUAUUUGGACUGCGAAGAGUAUUUGAAGGCAGCGAUUGGAUCCUUAAAGAUUAAUGAAUACGAGAUUAUAAAAGAGGUCAUAACAUCUUGCCCAGCCGACAAGAUUGAGGGUGUAGUCAAGCAUCUAGACACAACGCUGGUUGGGAACCUGCGGUCUGCAGUAUCGAGAAUGCUUGACAAUUCGAUGUACCAUUUUAUAGCAAUCAGAUGGCUAAAGUUCAUUGUUUUUUACUUUGGGUCUUUAGAGAUGCAAGGAACAGACCUCCACAAAAUUAAGAAGAAUAUCGAAUUGGCAUUAAGGAUGGGAAAAUUGAACAAAUCGAUGUUACUUAAUAUCAUCAAAAAAUGA